AUGGCUAUCGCCGAGGAAGUGGAGAAAUUACUUAAAGCUCGAUUUAUAGAGGAGGUUUAUUAUCCCGACUGGUUGGCUAAUGUGGUGCUGGUCAAAAAAUGCAGUGGGAAGUGGAGAAUUUGUGUGGACUUCACAGACCUUAAUAAGGCGUGCCCGAAGGACAGCUUUCCUCUACCACGCAUUGAUGUACUGGUGGACUCGACAGCGGGAUGCAGCCUGUUGAGCUUUAUGGACGCUUUUUCUGGUUACAACCAGAUUUAUAUGCAUCCAGAAGACCAAGAAAAGGCUGCAUUCAUCACUGACCGAGGCUUGUAUUGCUAUAUGGUUAUGCCUUUCGGUCUCAAGAACGCUGGAGCGACGUAUCAAAGACUGGUCAAUAAGAUGUUCCGAGACCAAAUCGGCAGUAAUAUGGAGGUAUAUGUUGAUGACAUGUUGGUCAAAAGCAUGCUACCAGAAGGUCAUAUAGAAGACUUGCAGGAGACUUUUGGAACUUUAAAGAAAUAUGGGAUGAAGUUGAAUCCCGCAAAGUGUGCGUUUGGAGUGGCCUCGAAGUGUGAAGAAGCCUUUGAACAGCUGACCAGCACACCUCUGUUAAGCAGAACCGUUCCUGGGGAAGCUUUGUAUUUAUACUUGGCUGUUUCCCCGACAGCUGAAACUACGCCUGUAUUUCUAAGCUCACACUAUCAGAGUCUUGACCGCGUACCCAUUGAAGAAAAUGCUCAGAAAAAAGAUGAAACAUGGGUAGUCUACGUAGACGGAUCAUCUACAAGGAAGAAUGGUGGAGCUGGAGUGGUAUUAAUCACCCCAGAUGGAGAAGAAUUAUGUAGUUCCCUAAGGUUGGAGUUCAAGACCACCAAUAACGAAGCUGAGUAUGAGGCAGUUCUAGCUGGACUCGGUCUAGCUCGAGAGAUGGGAGCCAAUUUUGUUGAGCUACGGAGUGACUCGCAGGUGAUUGUUGGACACAUCCGGGGAGAGUUUGAAGCCAAAAGAGACAAGAUGAAGCAAUAUCUGUCAAAGGAAGAGGGAGAUUAUGUCCUCCGCGAGAUCCAUGAAGGAAUCUGCGGCAGUCACUCGGGAGCGAGAGUAUUGGCACAUAAAGCAGUCAGAGCCGGUUUCUACUGGCCGAAUAUGAAUCGGGACUCGGUACAAACGGUAAGAAAUUGUGACAAAUGCCAACGCUUCGCAAACAUCGCAAAGCAACCCCCAGAAGACUUAAGCUCAAUCUCCUCGCCAUGGCCCUUUUCACAAUGGAGGGUAGAUAUAGUAGGACCACUACCUCGUGGAAAAGGGGGUGUGUGUUUCACGGUUGUGGCAGUGGAUUAUUUCACAAAAUGGGCAGAAGUAGAAGCUCUAGUGAACAUUACGGCCAAGAGCAUCGAAAGGUUCUUGUGGAAGAAUGUUGUUUGCCAUUAUGGUAUUCCUCAUGCCUUUGUAACUGAUAACGGAAAGCAGUUUGACUGUGAAUCAUUCCGAGAAUGGUGUGCAAAGCUCCAUAUUAGAAACUACUACUCGUCUCCAGCCCAUCCUCAGGCAAAUGGACAAGUAGAAGUGACUAACAAAACAAUUUUCAAAAUGUUGAAGAAAAAACUUGGAGAUCAGAAGGGGAAUUGGGCAGAUGAUCUCCCAGAAGUUUUAUGGGCAUAUCGAACAACCAAGAGAAUACCCACAGAGGAGUCUCCAUACGCUUUGGCUUUUGGAACCGAGGCAGUCAUCCCAGCCGAGAUAGGCUCGGGAAGUUACCGAGUCGAAUCCUUUUAUUCCGAAACUAACAAUGAAGGGCUCAAACUACACUUGGACCUAUUACAAGAGAAGUGA